AUGGCAAGCUUCCCGGAUGACAUAACGGUAGACAUCUUAUUGCGGCUUCCGGUGAAAUCGCUAGCUCGGUUCUGGUGCGUGUGCAAAUCUUGGAAAUCCCUACUCGCCAGUGCCUAUUUCGUCAAAGCUCAUCUCGAUCGAUCAUCGAAAUUUCGUACCGUCGGUCUUCUCAAGUACGAUGACAACAAUUCCACCAGAAUCGGGGGCUACCGCUCGCAUCGGCGUGAGCUAUCUCAUCUUGAUCCUUCGUUCGGUCAUCCCGACAGAUAUGAUGCCGUUGGUUCAUGUAAUGGGGUCCUUUGUUUAACCAUUUAUUACAAAGACAACCCCGAUCUUUCAGACAUAUUUAUAUGGAACCCAUCAAUCCAUGAGUGCAUGGUCGUUCCUCAACUGCACUGUCAUGUAUCAGGAUUGAUUGCUUUUGGAUUCUAUCCUCUCAGUGGCCAUCUUGAUGAUUUCAAAGUGGUCAGCAUAAGUUUCUACUUUGGAGCCCACCCAGACUGCCAUUCUUCUGAAGCGCAGAUUUAUAGCUUGAGGAGCAAUUCCUGGAAGAAAAUCGGCAAUAGCUUCCCUUCCUGGCUUGACAAGAACUUAGGCCAUCAAGUUGUCUUUCAAAAUUUCAUCUGUUGGUGCCCUUAUGCUUGCGUCGACGGCCAAAUCGUUACGCCGUUGGUCUUAUUGGAUACCGUCGAGGACGCGUCUGCCAGAAACCCGUCGUCUCAGUGUUACGAAGUGUGGACCAUGAAAGAGUUCGGCGUCACCGAGUCCUGGACCAAGCUGUACACGACCACCGUGUUUACGAACGGAUUUUUGCAGUGUUGGCCGCUUGGAGCCGCGAGCUUCGGAGAAGUUCUCUUCGUCAAGUGCUUUUAUUUUGGUUUGCGUUUCUGUCUUCCUAGUCACGUGGUUUCAUACGACGCAAGGAGAAGCGAAUUCGAAGAAUUUAAAGUUGAAGUGGACUCGGAUUGUAGCAGCCAGUUGGUCCCUUAUGUAGAAAGUUUGGUUUCUGUUGUAACUAGAGAUUAG